AAAACACUAACAGCAGCCAAGUUUAAUUGUUUUAAAUUUUAUUUCACUAAACUAUGAAAAAAUGUUAAAGAGAAAUGAUUGAUUUUAAUUACAGAGAUUACAAUCUGAAAAAAAAAAAAACAACUGUUACAACAAUUCAAUGUAAGUUGAAACUUCAUCGAAUCUAGAAAAAUGCUUUAAUACUUUCUAGUGCCGGUACAAAGCUCGUGUAGAGCGAUAUUCUGAUAUCGGCACAACCCUAGAUCGAUAUUCAGUUCUCUCAUGCCGAUGACGAUCAGGUUCUUCUGCAAUAUACAUGGGAUCAUCCCGAUACAAUUGGGAUUCUCUGCUGCUGUAGAGGUAAGAAUCGCGUGCUGGUACAAUGUCAUUGUGACGCCUCAAAUCCAAACUUGUUGGCCGAAAAUCACGAUGUUCUGGUACUUCAUCCUGCCUGUAAGCAUCAUAGCGAUCCAAAAUGGUCCCCUGCCUAUACAGAUCACGGUAGUCUGACAGUGGCCUGUAAUCCCUACUCGCCAAGGGUGACAACGGCCUGUGCCGGUAAGCAUCCCGAGGCACCAAGGGAGAUAGUGAACGCUGCCUAUAACCAUCGUGAGUUGCCAAGAGUGGUUGUCGGUAUGAAUCACGACGCUCCACCAAUAUGUUUUGUCGGUAGGCAUCCCUUUCCAAGGGCCUGUCGUAGGUGUAUCUAGGAGCAUUGAUCAGUUGAGGAACAGGAUCAACUACAAAAGGUCUAUCUAUUGGAGAUGCAGCUCUGUUCCUUGAACGGAUAUGGUAAUAAUCAUGACGCCGAUAACUAUCAUCUGAGGCAAUGUGCCUACCUCCCUCUAAAACAUGAGUCCUGGAUCUAUCUCGGCGCCCAACUUCAUUUACAACCUGAACUCUAGACCGAUCUCGAUGCACAGAGGAUCUAUGGGCCUUUGCCCUGCGGAUUCUUUCCAACCUCUUAGGUUUGGGGCCUUUGCUGGAAACACUGAAAAGCUUGCACAAAUUCUUCACCUGUUAUAGGAUAAAGUGACAAUGAUCUCACCAUAUUUUUCAUGCUAAAUGAUAGUGAAAAACUCAAAACUCAAUUAUACAUAUAUAACAGGCAUAUUAAGAGGAAUUAAAAGUCAAUCAAGGUAAUAACAUUAAAGAUUAAGUUCAAUUCCAAGUAAUAUAAGUUCCGAUACCUAACACGGCUAGGCAACUUCUACCUACAAGCUAGCAAUCUAUUACUUUUCCUUUUCCAAGUGAAACUUAAAUUCUGAAAACCUAUCUUCUAUCUUAAAACUUCUUGUCUCUCUUUAGGAUAGGCAUCAUGAUACCGCCAAAACAUUAUCGGCAGGGUUCUACAAAAUAUAGGCUGUCAACCAAAAAGAAAGCUGCAAAAUACCUGCUCAUGAUUCAAAUGGCAGUCAAAUUUCUUCUUUGUGAAGUAAUUAUCUUUGAUAACCUUCCUAAAUUUCUCCUCUGCCAAUGGUAUGCAAUCCUCCAGAACAGUAAAGCGUACCUAAAACACAAAAUUCAAACGUGUUCACACAGGAUUAAGCCCUAGGAAUAAAUAAUUAUGAAAUAACAAAACAAAAAGCAUACUUGCCAAAACACCCAUAAAAAUACAAUCAUCUCAAAAACAAUAAGCAAACCUGAGAUGGAAAUUUUGAAUUAAAUGCGUUAGGUUCAAUGUUAUAACCCCCACGCCCAGCAGCUUUAUAGAUUCCAUAGAGCAAUUUCAGAUCAACAUCAUAUAAAAACAGCCUCAUGCCUCUAUAAAUUUUUUCAACAAGAUCCCGUUUGCCAGCAGGUAGACCAAGAACCUUGUAGCGAUAACAAUCAUUUUUGGUCUCAGAGCUGCACAUAAAAAUCAUUCCCAUGCUCUCAGCUCUCUUAGGAAAAUCAUUCUUCACACGCCUCGAAUUUACUUUAUCCUUCUUGUUUGUGUCCCUUUUUCUCAAUCUCCUGGUGUUCUUCUUUGAACUUCCUUCACCUUUUCCACCAACCUUUUUCUUUCCAUGUCCUUUUUCUCCGUUCACAGGAUCAUUCUUAUUAUCUGUUUCUAACAUACAUUUAUCAUCAGAAACAACUAUGUCCGAAUCAUUUCUCACAACCUUCUCAAUUACCUUUUUCUUCUUCAUCAUCCUAUUCCCAAGCUUGGGCUCCAACUUUCCAACUCCUUUUACCUUGUUCUCUUCCUUACCACUUUCAGUUUCGAUGUUUCCAUUCGUCUUCUCCAACGAUUUCUCAUCCACAUUAUGAACUCCUUUUUCGUCAUUUUCGAUCUUCCCACUUUCGUUUCCAACAACUCCUCCUUCACUACCUCUGUUUACAGUACCUGGAUUAGUUUCCAAACCAACAUAUUCAUCUUCAUCCUCAUCCUCAUCCCCAUCCUCCUCAUCAUCAUCAUCUUCCUGCAUAAAUUCAUCCUCGUCAUCAUCCUCAUUAUCAUCUUCAUAAUCUUCCUGCAUAAAUACAUCUCCGUCAUCAUCAUCAUCAUCCAAGUCAUCAUCCCAACAAUCAUCAUCGGAAUCAUCAUCCCUAUCUCCCCCACGCCCCUCAAGUUCAUUACCAAAGUAGGUAUUCUCCUCCUUGUCUUCUCCUCCUUCACCUUUUUCUUCAGCUACUAAAACUCUCUCUUCCCCACCACCAUCAUCCGAAGCUCCAGAAUUCACAUCUUUUUCACUUAGCACUUGAUGAUCAGUCUCAAAAACUGUCUGUAGCGGAACUUCAUCCAUUGCCAAAGGCUCAUUGCCAUCCACCUCCACGUUAAUUACGGGACUAGUAUUAGUUCCAUCAAAAGCAGCAGCAACAUCCUCCGUCCGACUUAAACCUGAAUCCAAAACAUCCACCUUCUCAAUUUGGUGCAACAUUGCCAAACCUAAUUACACCAUCCCAAAAAUCACAAUCACAAAUCACAAAAUACAAUACCUAUUACAACUUACAUGCAUUGGCAGACGAACUAAAAAUUAAGUAACCCUAACUGGUGCAAGGCGCAAUAACAACACAAGGCAAAAAAAAUAAAGGAAUCCUGAACCGUAAUUAACCAAACGAACUAGCUUAAUUGGUUAAAGCAACAGAGUUUUUGAACUGCACAAACGGGAAGAAGAACCUCACCUGCCACUGUCGGCGAAUAUCCGAAGAGGAAGGAGAUGGGAUAAAAGAAUAAUAGAUCUGAUUGAUUUCAAAAAUCAAAGACACACAUACCUCCGGAUACCCUGCGGCUUAAUCCCAAAUUCUGUCUUUCGAUUUAUGAUCCAAGGAAGAAAGGGGACGCCAAUCGGUGUGACUGGAAUAAAACUAUGGCGUCAAUUCUUCAAGAAGCCGUCAAAGGGGAAAAAGAAGAGGUAAAAAAAUUGGUACUCUCUUUACCUUCCUUAUUUUGAGAUAAAAAAUAAUCUUUUACCAUUCUCCUUUUUUUCAACUUUCAGACCGUAAUUCAUGACAAAUAUAUAUAACUAUUGGCGGUAACGUCAUCCAUUCUGUCCCGCUUUCUUUUCUCUUUGCCCUAGAGAGGUACAGACCUCAAUCCCAGUUUUCUGAAUUAUUUCUGCUUAGCAUAUAGUCGCAGUACCUGUACCCGUUGAUGUCAAUUCAUGGUUUGUGUUUUUAACUAAUCGUUGCCGGAUUUUUGUCCUCCAGCUUCAUUAUGGCAAUUUCAGUCUGCUACUCAGCAAUGGCGGACUCUUCUCCGUCGUCCGCCAUUAUAACUUCAACACUAAAUCCGUGUUGCCGGUGGUUGGGUCCGGGAUAAGCUAUUACGGAAAAAAAUCAGAAGAUAUUGAUAUUGCGCUUGACAACAUGAAAGGGGAUGAGUUUUGUGAAUUAGUCCAUCAGUACAUGUCAUCAGCAACCCCAGGAUUUGCAACCAAAGGAUUUGUUGUUAUCAGUCAAAGCACUUGGAAACAGCUAGAAUGUUCUUGUUUGAUGUGUGGAUUGAUGUUGCCCACCUCAGAUCUGAAGGUUACUGUGAAAGUAGCCGUAUUCCAACAAUGGUGGAAAUUGGAACCCCAGAGGUUGAUGCAGAUCGAAGGGACUUGACCAUUAACAGUUUGUUCUAUAACAUUCAUGAUGAUUCCGUUGAAGACUUUACUGGAAGAGGAAUCGAGGUUUUGUUUUCUGGAAUAAUAGCCACUCCAUUACCUCCCAAGAAAACAUUUUUGGAUGAUCCCCUACGUGUCCUUCGUGCCAUACGCUUUGGGGCACGACUUGGUUUUAAACUAACCAAGGAGUUGAAGAUAGCUGCUUCUGACCAUGAAGUCAGAAUUUCUAUGGAAGAAAAAAUUUCCAGAGAACGCAUUGCCCGUGAAGUAGAUCUCAUUGUAUCUGGCAACGAACCAGUAAUGGCAAUGACCCUCAUUUCUGAGUUGAAGUUGUUUGGGACUGUUUUCACUCUUCCUGUGUCAUUUGAGCCUGGAAUUUCAGACGGAUAUGAGAAAAUGUGUUGAUAACAUGGACUUUCCAUGGAGACUUUUGCAAGCAAUUGACUAUUCUUUCACAGAUAAACAGCAGAGGUUGUGUCUGUAUGCUGCUUUAUUCCUUCCAUUCAGAGGGAUGGCAUACAAAGACAGUAAAACUCGGGGGUGGUCAACUACAUAUUUGGAAAUUCUCUCAAGAUGAAAUUAAGUGAGGCUGAAACUAUCGGAAAGUUGCAUAUUGCAGCUCAAAACUUUAUUCCUCUGAUAGAUUGUAACGUGGCAAUAUACUGGUUGGGUUGCUCCUUGGAGACAUGAAAGAUAACUGGCGGCUUGCAUUGGUACUGUCUAUGCUCGUAAGUACCACUGCAGAUAUUCAUUCUGCUCAACAGUUGUAUAAGGUAGUUGAAGACUAGAUUCUGAGACAAGGCUUAGAAGAAAUUUGGAAGUUAAGCCCUUGGUCAAUGGGAAACAGAUCAUGACUGUUUUGGAUCUCCGGACUGGUGGACCGCUUGUCGGGGAAUGGCAACAAAAGCUGCUUGAGUAGCAGCUUGCUCAUCCCUCUGGAACAGAAAAUGAAUGUAUGGAUUGGAUGAUUAAAGCUCUGAGCUAAACAGGCAAGGAAGGUAUUAGGACUUUAGCAUAUUUUUUCACUCUUGACUUCUUUUUGGAAGAAACCAUUUCAUGUAUAGUCUCCUUACUGGCAUUGGCAGCUUAGAUGUCUGGUUAUCUUCCCGAUGUUAGAAGAAGGCUUCAACCUUUGAUAUCUGAUCAUUUUAGACGUUCAUCGCCUCAUCUCCAUCAGUUUCGCAAAGAAAACUGUUAAAAUAAUGCGUCAAAAAAGACUACAAAAAUUGUUCAAACUCUCUAAUUAUAUACAGUAUAUAAUAAACGGAGUACAGUAUAUAGUUUGGCAUAACCAAUGAGUAAAUUUUAUGUAUGUGAAAAUGCAUAAUAAAAAAGAUUUUG